AUGACGCGAACCAGAGCUGUUUCAAAAGAUGGACAACUGUCAAUAAUGAAUGCUCAAAAACUAGAUUCCGGUUUUUACAAGUGCAAAGCGUCAAAUAUCUUAGGACAGAUCUCUGCCGUUACUCAACUCAAUGUUGUCGAACUACCACAGUUUACAGUCACUCCGCCACCGCUGCUAAAGGUCUUCGCAAAUCAUAAUAUAACAGUCCCUUGUGAGGCCACCGGGGACCCCCAGCCGAAGGUCACGUGGACUAAACAAAAUGUCGAGCUACCGUUCGGAAGAUCAAAAGUCAGUGUGGAUGGAACGCUUCACUUCUGGAACCUGAGAAAGGAAGACUCUGGAAUAUAUACUUGUAUGGCGUCAUCAGCGGAGGUUUUGAAGGCAUUUACUGCAGUGAAACUGACUGUAGAAGGUAACAAAUAUCUUGACUUGACCAUUCUGAACAUUACUUUUCCGAAUUAA